GCCAAACUCCCUCCCCUUUAACAGGAGCGCUGCGCCCGGCUCAGGCUGCUGGAAAGCUCCGGGGAGUCGGGGCAUCCAUCCCCCUGCAGUAGCAGCAGCAGCAGUAGCAGCAUCAGCUGCUGCUGCAGCCUCCCCCUCCCCGCUUCUCGCGGCCCGAGCCGGCGGCGUGCGCCCGGUCUAGGGGCCAGCGGGCAGGCUGAACGGCUCGGAUGCGGAGGCGGGGAGGGGGCCGGCGUGGCUGAGCCGGUGACAGGCGAGCGGUAUUGCAGCAGCGGUGGGGGAGCUGGGGACGCCGCGCCGGGCUGCGGGGCGGCGUUGGCUCUUGCCUCGGCCAGCUCGUGCUCGGUGCCCGCUCUGCGGCCCCGGCGGGCGGCCGGGAUGAAGAGGGAGCGGGGGCGCCGGCGGUUGGGGGCUGUCAGCUCCAGCCGGGGCUGAAGGCACCCACCCCUAGCGGGGCUCCCUAGAGCGAGGGGGACUCAGAAAGAUAGCAGUCCGGCCAGAAGAAGGGAGGCGAAGUGCACCGAGCCCUCCUCCCGUAUCCAAGUCCUCGGGCCGAGCGGAGCCUCCCAGGCCAGCUGUGGGCAGCUCCCGGGGGCUCCGUGCCCUCUUAUUGCCUUUUCCCUGCCCCCGCCGUCGGGCAUUGCGCCCCAGUCCCUGCCAGGAUGAGGAGGUUGCGGCGUCUGGUGCACCUGGUUCUCUUCUGCCCACUCACCAAGGGCUUACAGAAUCGUCUACCUGGCAUCAAGGUGAAAUACCUCUUCUUGGCAUGGCUGGGCAUCUUUGUAGGCAGCUGGGUGGUGUACAUGCAUUACUCUUCAUACUCGGAACUCUGUCGAGGGCAUGUCUGUCAAAUGAUCAUUUGUGAUCAGUACAAGAAGGGGAUCAUCUCUGGUUCCGCCUGUUCCGACCUGUGUGAUGAGCACACCCUGGUGUUCCAGCAGUGUCUCUCUCCAUCUCCUACGAAGCAGGUAUACAGUGGGGUUUGGAAGGGGAAAGCGGUGAUCAUCAAAUGUGGCAUCACAGAGGCCUUGAAAGCUGAGAACAAUCCUGACACAGCCCCCCGAAGAGAACUGGUUCUGUUUGAUAAGCCAACAAGAGGCACAUCAAUGGACGAAUUCAGGGAGAUGCUUCUGAAUUUUCUCAAAGUUAACCUUGGAGAUCAGCCUUCUCUCACUGGCCUGGUUGGCCAGAUCAUCACCAUGGCGGAUGUCAACCAGGAUGGGAAAGUGUCUCUUGCAGAAGCCAAGUCCAUCUGGGCCCUGCUGCAACUCAAUGAGUUUCUACUCAUGCUCUCCCUGCAUGAGAAGGAGCAUACAUCCAAACUCCUAGGACACUGUGGAGAUCUAUACCUCACGGAGAAGAUCCCCCAUAGCUCCUUGUAUGGCACUGAGGUGCCUCCCUUUCUGAGGCCACUGCUGCCCUCUGCCAUCCACAGGAUCAUCCAGCAGUGGUUUGCACCAGCUUGGCCUCGAAGGGCCAAGAUCGCCAUUGGCCUCCUAGAGUUUGUAGAAGAGGUCUUUCAUGGCACCUAUGGGGUCUUCUACAUCUGCGAGACCAGUUCUGCCAACGUGGGCUACAAUGCCAAGUAUGACUUUAAGAUGGCUGACCUGGGGAAGGUGGCCCCUGAGGCAGCAGUCCGGGCCUUUCUCAAAGGCCGCCACUGUGAGCAGAACACUGACUGCACUUAUGGCCAGGACUGCAUGGCUCCAUGCGAUAGACUCAUGAAGCAGUGCAAGAGUGACCUGAUCCAACCUAACCUAGCUAAAGUAUGUGGGUUGCUGAAGGAUUACCUGCUGUCAGGCACUCCUGCAGACCUCAAGGAUGAGCUCCAAAAGGAGCUCCAAAUAUGUAUGACUCUGAGUGGCCUGGCCAGCCAGAUGGAGGUGCAUCAUUCAUUAGUGCUCAGUAACCUCAAGACCUUGCUCUGGAAAAAGAUAUCCAAUACCAAAUAUUCCUAAAGGGACAAGGGCUUCUUCUAGUCACAGCCCACCUCUGCUGUCCUUUGUGGGUAAAAUCUCAUUACAACAAAAGUUCUGUAGGACAAACAUUUCCACAUCCCAGUGGAGAGCCCACGGUAACACAGCUCUGUUGCUUGGGCUACAACAAAUUCUAUGCCACAAGUAGAUUAAGUGCUUUCUUUAAUGUCUAUCCACACCAUAGCUACUUUCUAGCAGGAAAGGUUUUGGUUUUCUACUGUUAGGAGAGAAGAGCCGAACUGUUCACUUUUCUUUUGUCCUGUUGUCCAAAUAGCAGUUGUCAUUUCUACAACCAUGGCAAGCAUCUAAUGAAACUCAUCCAAACUCCCCAAACACGAGUCGAAACAAAACAAGAGUUUGAGGAUCUAAAAGACCACAAAGGAAGGGAUGGGAUUUGUGAACUCAAGCACCACCACCCCAUCCUCUCCUUUCUGGUACUGAAUACAAAACAUUUGUCACUUGCUAGAGGUCAGCUUUCAUCUCCAGCUCCAGAAGACAUUGAUUUUUAACAAAAAUUGAAUAUAACAAAAAUAGUUAGGACCCCUUCCUGGCCCUACCCCUCCACAAAAAUUCAUUAUUUACCUGUCUCUGCUUUCCCCUCUUUUCCUUAGAGAAAACUCUCCACCAAUAGGAGGUUUUCAUAAGUUAUAACACCUUUUCAUCCAUGGAAAAAUGCACCUGUAAUCCUUACAAGAUUAUUGCCCUAAGCCCUUCAGACACCAAGGUCAAUGGUGUGAGAACUUGGCAACCAUAGCUAAAAAGGCUGGUGUAGGAAGUAGAAAUCAUCUGUGCAGAGGAAUUAGUCUUAACUGUGCAAUCUUUCCUCAUUAAGGAAGGAUCUGUAUUAGUAUAGACCAAGGGAAUCAUAAUGCUGUUUUUACAAAAAAAAUUUUUUUGUUGAAUAUCGAUGUAAAUAAAUAGCUUUUAUGUGACUGCCA